AUGAACAAAAGAAACAUUUGGAAGUAUGACGAAACGAAGGAAAUGUUACAAAUCAUGCAGGACAACAGUUACGCCAGCUCGUUCAGCAGCAAGCACAAACAGAACAUGGAAAUUUUCCGCAAGAUCGAGAACAAGAUGACCGAGAGCGGCUAUCGCUACAAAAACUACCUGCAGAUCGGUGUGCGGUGGAAAAAUUUGAAAAAUCUCUACAUGAAGGCGAGGCGCAGCAAUAGCAAAAACGAACAGCAACUCUUCCCGUUCUACGACGAGAUGGAUAGUCUGAUGGGCGGAUUGCUGAAGCAAGCGUCCAGCGAGGAGUAUGCGUCGGAACUGGACGAGACCGACACCAUUACCAGGGAGCAACAUACACCAGUGAAGAAGCUAUGCAAUGCGAACGACCCAACACCCAAGCGGACGGAAGAGGAACCGGUGCCGGUGAAAAGGAAACGUGGGACUAGCGUAACGACGAUGGCAGAAGCGUCACCCAGCAGGAAAGCUGCUGAGUUGAGUCCUACAGUGUCCGUGCAUACAAAGGUCGAUCGAAACGGUAAACUAAGUGCAACACUUGCGAUGAGCAAACAGGAGCUUAGCGAUGAAUUCUAUCGCAGCCAGAAACGGUUGAUCGAUUACGAGUUUAGUUUGUACGUGCGCAAGGAGGAAGAAUUAAUCGAUCGGAUGCAGGAGUCGACGCGAGCGAUACUUGAGGAAGGCAUGGAUAAAUUUUUCACCCGCCUAAAAGAGGUGCUGGGCGGUCACCAAACCGUACAGCAUGAGGAGGUAAUUGAAACGUACGAGUAA